AUGACAUCCAGCUACAACGAUUACACCGCCAAUGUUGAGUGCCUGGUUACACCGCAAGUGGCUGGCACUAUUCCCUGCGCAAAUGUCAGAGUGGACUCCUGGCAUAUUCCAUCAGGUAUUGUGUUGGCCAAUGUUUCGUUUACCCGUCCACGGGAAGUGGACAUGCUGAUUGGUGCCAGACAUUUCUUCGACAUUUUGGAGCAAGGUCAAAUCAAACUAGCCAACCAUCUACCUACCUUGUACGAGACGCAGUUCGGAUGCAUAGCUGGCUCGUACGACGAAACGGAAGAGGAUUAUCCACGGUACUUCAAGCAAGAAGAUAUCGGUGAACCAGCAGCGUUGACGACUGAGGAAGUGCGUUUUGAGGAACACUGUCAGCGAACAUAUCAUCGUAAUGCGGAAGGACGAUUCGUAGUACAGCUACUCUUUAGAGAAUCUGUAAACCAGUUGGGAAGCUCCAGUUCCCUGGCGUUGAAGCGAUUUCUUUUAUUGGAAAAGAGAUUGGCACGAGAUCCAGACCUGAAGGCUCAGUAUCUGGCAUUCAUCGACGAAUACCAAUCACUGGGUCACUGUCGUGAAAUAAAGGAAGAAGAAUCUCCAGACAUAUUACCUACCGCAUCAUUGUAUCUUGAAGCCAUCCAGUAG